AUGGCUCUGAAACUACUGGUUGGCCAAAAAAUUAUGAAUGAAGUCGUCCGUAGCAAGACAAAAUCGGACGGCAAACCCGGCACGGAAUGGAGAAUCCUCAUUGUCGACAAGUUAGCCAUGCGUAUGGUUUCGGCAUGUACGAAAAUGCACGAAAUCAGCGCCGAAGGUGUUACCUUGGUGGAAGACAUCAACAAGAAGCGAGAACCACUGCCAGCAAUCGAAGCGGUAUAUUUGAUCACACCGUCGGAGGAUUCGAUUCGUUUGCUGAUGCGAGAUUUUGAGAACCCGGCCAAACCAACGUACAAAGCGGCUCAUGUAUUCUUUUCCGAGGUAUGUCCGGAGGAGCUGUUCAACGAUAUCUGUAAAUCGGUCGUAUCGAGAAAGAUUAAAACGUUGAAGGAAAUCAACAUUGCUUUUCUGCCGUACGAGUCGCAGGUCUAUUCACUUGACUCGCCUGUCACCUUCCAAUGUGCGUAUUCGCCCGCACUUGCGUCAGCCCGCAGCGGUAAUAUGGAGCGCAUUGCCGAACAAAUCGCCACCCUGUGCGCUACCCUCGGAGAAUAUCCGUCCGUACGUUAUCGAAGCGAAUGGGAUGGUAACGUCGAACUGGCCCAAAUGGUGCAGCAAAAGCUUGACGCGUACAAGGCAGACGAACCGACGAUGGGCGAAGGCCCGGAGAAGGCACGCUCGCAGCUGUUGAUUCUCGAUCGUGGCUUCGAUUGCGUUUCGCCGCUACUGCACGAGCUAACGCUACAGGCGAUGGCAUACGAUCUGCUGCCGAUCGUGAACGACGUGUACAAGUUUAUACCGUCACCGAAUGCGGCCGAAAAGGAGGUGCUGCUGGAUGAGAAUGAUGAUCUGUGGGUCGAUUUGCGCCAUCAGCACAUUGCGGUGGUGUCGCAGAGCGUUACACAGUAUCUGAAAUCCUUCACCGAAUCGAAGCGUCUGACGCAAAGCGAAAAGCAAUCGAUGAAGGAUCUGUCGCAGAUGAUCAAAAAGAUGCCCCAGUACCAGAAGCAGCUGUCGAAGUACUCCACCCACCUGCAUCUGGCUGAGGAUUGCAUGAAAGCGUACCAGGGCUACGUGGAUAAGCUGUGCCGCGUAGAGCAGGAUCUGGCCAUGGGUACGGAUGCGGAGGGCGAAAAGAUUAAGGAUCAUAUGCGCAACAUUGUACCGAUCUUGCUGGAUCAGAAUGUGUCCAACUAUGACAAGGUGCGUAUCAUUGCGCUGUAUGUCAUGAUUAAGAACGGCAUCUCGGAGGAGAACCUCACGAAGCUGGUGACGCAUGCACAGAUCGACCAGAAGGAGCGUGAAAUGAUCAACAACUUGACCCAUCUGGGCAUCAACGUGAUUGCGGAUGGCAACCGUAAGAAACCGUAUACCGUACCGAGAAAGGAACGUAUCAACGAACACACCUACCAAAUGUCUCGCUGGACCCCAGUCAUCAAGGACAUCAUGGAGGAUUCGAUCGACAACAAACUGGACGAGCGCCAUUUCCCAUUCCUAGGUGGCAGAAAGAUGGCCGGAUUCCAUGCGCCAACCAGCGCACGCUACGGCCAUUGGCACAAGGAUAAAUCGCAAACGGCGGUGAAGAACGUACCUCGGCUGAUUGUGUUCGUGGUCGGCGGUUGCAGCUACUCGGAGAUUCGUUGCGCGUACGAAGUUACCGCGGCGGUUAAGAACUGGGAGGUGUACAUCGGUUCAUCCCACAUCCUUACACCGGAAACAUUCCUGAGCGAUCUCGGUUCACUGAACAAGGAAUAA